AUGCCACUCCCUAAUAUCCUGAGGCUAAAAGAAGGCAAAUGGGACAAUCCUGAAGACUCUAUAGGCACUUUCAUCGGAUACUUGCGUGGCGGCCGGUACAGCUGUUGGGAAGCAGCUGGUCCGGCUCGUCAGGCGUUUAGAGAACUGAGCCCAGACAUCAAAGAUUUCCUUGAGACUUCUAGCAUCCCACCUACCGAAAUUGUAUCAUGGUCGAUGUAUAUGAUCGGGCAUAACGAGAGGAACGCUGCACCAAAGCUCUUGAUUUGCUCUACCGAUGCGAAGACACGAAAGAAUAUCAGGCAGCUCAUCAAGGAUAGCAAUAUUAUGGGAAAAUACCCUGGCAUAGGACUCGGCGACGUUUCGUCACUGCCAGACCGCCCUGUUAUUCGAGAGCUAUCCCGAGAGGCUAUCGAGGCUCUUCUACCUUUUGGUUGCAUUAGAGACGGAGCAGUUCUGGCCGACGGAUCAGAACCUGCAUUAGGGAAGCGAAUUUUUGUCGUCAACCCGUAUGACUUCUCCUUACGCCCAGCAACAACCGGCCCUAUCAUCUUGCAAGAUGGGAAAUGCUACCAGCUGACUGUUGCGCACGCAUUCCGAUACACCAGAGAGGUCGAGCUUUCACCCGGCCGGCAGAUGGCUGAAGACGACUGCGAUUUCGAUGGCAUGAGUGACACUGAAAGAGAUGACGGAAGCCAAUACGAUGAGAUGACAAGAAAAGGAAGUGUAACUCCUGGGGACAUAGAUUCCGACAAAGCAUCGUUCAUGGCCAGCUUCGACGCUUCCUCUGGAGAUAAGCGCUCGAGUUCCAGAUCCGAAAGCCCUCCAAGCGACCACUUGGAUAGUGGACACGAUCCGCGGCAGAGUGUCGAGUCCUUGGAAGACAAUCCGGGUCCCGGUGAAAUUGAUGUAUCUCACCUUAAAUUCUAUGGAAAACUGGUCUUGAGCUCUCUGACCGGAAGAAACCCGUCAUUGGACUACGCUCUCAUUGAGACCUCAAGGAUGCCAGAAGACACUGAGAAGUCAUCCAUGAUCACAGGCUCUCUGGUCUCGAGUAUUGGGGAGAUAGAGUCUGACGAUAUCAGCAUUGUUACUAGGACAUCGCCACAUUGCCGAGUUGAAGGGCGACUUACCGCCACACCAUCCUAUAUUCGUCUUCCUGAGCAACGCGCUUUCCAACAAGUCUACCCCAUACGACUGGGCAAGCCUUUGCAUGACGGAGAUUGCGGAACCGCAGUCUUUGGCAAAGACGACAACCGCUUUUAUGGUCACAUAGUUGCCGGUAGCCCUGGGACUAGCAUCGCCUACCUUGUUCCAGCUGAGGAGAUUUCUAGAGAUAUUCAGGCCCGUCUUGGCUUUGGCCUCACAUGGAUGCCGCAGCAAAAGGGGCUGCGGUUUAGUUGGCGCGGAACUAGCACAGAUGCUUCUUCUGCUUCAGAUAAACUGCCCAAGCGCCAAAAUAGUACUUCAACAGACGAUAUCGAAUACAGGUUUCCAAAACGACUCCGAAUUAUACAUCAGAGUCCUCGUUUACCUCACCCCUUUCCAGCUUCUGUCAAUACGGCCCAGCCAGCUACGGGUCUCUCAUUAGAGGCGUCGGUUGAUACAGCACAGAGGAUGGAACGCCGAACUUAUGAUAUUCCGCCGUCGCCUACGAGCAACGACUCUGGCUCAUCAAGUACACAACGAGAUGAAGCAGCAGGUAGCAUUGCCCGAAAAUUAGUCCUACCCAAGGAUUUUGAAGGUGCUUGCGAAACCUGCAUCUUUUGGCUAUAUUCUCCGGAGAUGUUCUCAUCACCCGAAUGGCAUGCUUGCCGUGGCCGCAAAGAAGAAAUAUCCCACAUCGUCACACAUAUAACCGAUCACCACGGGCUCAUUCGUGGACAUGACCCGAAGUAUCCAGCUCGCAAGUACUUGGCAAGCUGUCGGAGCUCUAACCCGUUUGUCAAGGCGAAAGGCAACUGCACGAAAUGCCACUCGUUGUCUGAAUGGAAUGAUACAGACUUUGCGGACAUUGCACACCAUGGUGUUGUCCUUUGUUUGCGUUGUUGGCGCACGUUUGAUAAGAAGGGGAUGAAAGAGCAUAUAGCUGGUCCUGUGUGUGAUUACAACCCGGAACAGCCAAAGGCUAAGAAACUAUGGAUUUUGUAUACGGUAUUUUGCUCUGACACUCAGCUGCCUAGCAAGCCUCCUAAAAGUAUGGCACCGCGCAAAUCGCUUCAUCGACCUUCCCUGCGAACUAUUCGUAAAGGUCCACAGCAGGCUGGUCAGAAUCAUACAGCAGCGCCAGCCUACAAUCUAGGGGCAACAAGAUCCCCGUCUGGUACAAGACCUUUAUUGCCGCGAUUGCAGUCUGGUUCUUCACUUAUCCCAUCUACCGCUAGAGAGUCAACAGAACUUUUGCAUUCGCCUAAUUUAUCGAUGCAUCAACCGAUGUGGUUACAGGAGGGAGCUGGCGACUUCUGGAGCAUCAUUGGGAGUAACCCCGAACUUCAAACCCCAAUCGAUGCAGCAGGUCCUCGGCCUCUUCAAGUAACGGAUCGCCAUCAGGAAUUGGAGCCCAAAGACAAGAUAUCACCCCUUCAGAUGGCAGCUAUGGAGAAGGACUCAGGCUAUAGAAGUGAGGACGAGGAAUUUAUGUGA